AUGUCGGACAAGCCGGAGAGCAGCAAGACUCAACUCGAAGAGGAUAUCAUCGAACCAUUGCUCCAAAAGGAUUUCUUGUCACAGUUGCCAGAGGAGGUUGCUUAUCGCAUCAUCGGCUAUUUGACACCGUGUCAUUUGACGGACCGCGAUGAACAUGUGGUCACUUGUCUACAAAUUCACUCUGGUCGUAUCGUAGCUGGUUAUCAUCAUGCGUUGCGGGUUUGGAAUGUUGAUGAUGCUCAACCUGUUUUCACUCUAACUGGCCAGAUGGGUGUUGUUAAGACGUCUCAAGUGAGCGAUGAUGGCAAAUACAUUGUCAGUGGCUGGACUGAUCGAACGGUGCGCGUUUGGUGUGGUCAAACCGGUGCACAGCGUCAUGUUCUGCAGGGGCAUACCAGUGAAGUGUGGUGCAUGAGUCUAUAUGGUACAACUCUUGUUUCUGGAUCGUGCGAUGGAACACUCCGAGUCUGGGACAUUGUCGACGGGAAAUGCCUUCACAUUUUGACUGGCCACAUGAGGCCUGUUUGUUGUGUUCAAUUUGAUGGAAUUCGGGUUGUGGUUCCUGCUAGUGAUUUUACUCUAAAGGUUUUGAAUGUACACACGGAGGAGUGUUUGCACACGCUGACGGGUCACACGGAGCCAAUCUAUUUACUUUUGUUUGAGCCAGAGCGCGAUCUUGUCGUGUCGGGUAGUCGUGACGGAUCGAUUCGCGUCUGGGAUGUGCAAAGAGGAAGAUGCAUCGCAAUUCUUGUCGGUCAUGAAAGGACCUGGGGCUCUGACAUGCAACUUCGCGGAAACAUUUUGGUCGGCUGCUAUGCCAACUCGGACGUCGGGGUUUGGGACAUUCGUGACGGUGGUUCAUGCAUUCAUCGCUUACAAGGCGUAAAUGGUCACACGUCAGCCAUCACUUUAUUGCAAUUGCUCGACUCGGGACUUUUGGUAACAGGUUCUUUCGAUGGCUCGGCCAAGCUGUGGGAUGUGGAUAAAGGUAUUUUCGUCCGUGACCUCGUUCGUCUUGGAUAUGGCGGUGGCAUUUGGCGUCUCAGGGCCGCCGAAACAUUGCUCAUCUGGGAGAUGUCGGACAAGCCGGAGAGCAGCAAGACUCAACUUGAAGAGGAUAUCAUCGAACCAUUGUUCCAGAAGGAUUUCUUGUCACAGUUGCCACAGGAGGUUGCAUCUCGCAUCAUCGCCUAUCUGACACCGUGCGAUUUGACGCUUUGUGCUGGCGUUUCGCGGACGUGGCAGCGACUUUGUGAAGAUGAUCGGACGUGGCGACAGAAAUGUUUGGAGAAAGGAUAUGUGAAAUUUGAUGCGCUAAGUUUUCGUUUUCUCGGAGGCUGGGCACGGAAUCGAGCAAAUGAGGAAGCUGGAAUCACAAUCUGCUCACAUAUGAGCCUUCAAGAAGCACAUCAGAAUCGACGAGAACGCGAGAUCGCAUAUGGAAAGUGUUAUGAGCGAUCGUCGUGGAAGUCGUUGUACUUGCGGAAGAAGCGAAUCAUUUCGAAUUGGCGAUCCCGACCGAUUCAAUCAAGCACUGUACUAAAGGGUCACGAUGAAUAUGCGAUCCGUUAUCCACAAAUUCACUCAGGUCGUAUCGUUGCUGGUUCAAAUGAUAAUACGUUGCGCGUUUGGAAUCUUGAUGAUGCUCAACUGACCUCCACUCUAAUUGGCCCGAUCGGUGUUGUUUGGACGUCUCAAGUGAGCGAUGAUGGCAAAUACAUUGUCAGUUUGUCGACUGAUCAAACGCAGCGGGUUUGGUGUGGUCAAACCGGUGUACAGCGUCAUGUUCUGCAGGGGCAUGCGAGUGUUAUUAACUGCAUAAUUCUGCAUGGCACAAUUCUUGUUUCUGGAUUAGACGAUGGAACACUCCGAGUCUGGGACAUUGUCGACGGGAAAUGCAUUCACAUUUUGACUGGCCACUUGGGGAUGGUUUGUUGUGUGCAAUUUGAUGGAAAACGGGUUGUGUCUGGUGCCUUGGAUGGUACUGUAAAGGUUUGGAAUGUGCAGACAGGGGAGUGUUUGCAGACGCUGACGGGUCACACCGUUUCAGUCGAAGCACUUUUGUUAGAGCCCGAGCGCGAUCUUGUCGUCUCGGGAAGUGAUGACAAAACGAUUCGCGUCUGGGAUUUGCAAAGAGCAACAUGCAUCGCAAUUCUUCUCAGUCAUUGGAGGGCCUGGGACUCUGGCAUGCAACUUCACGGAAAUAUUUUGGUCUCCUGCUAUACCGACUCGGACGUCGGGGAGGAUCGAGUUGUGAUCAUGUCAUUGAGUAUAUUGAGUACUGUUGAG